GAUACGAUAUGGAGGACAAGCAGGCUACUGAUAGCAGCAGGGGAGAGGAGGCGAACAAGGUGCCCCUGCUCGACCACCACCAUGGAGGCAUCAGCAAGGAAGAAGACGACGCGCGCUUGCCGCUGGGGCGGCGGGCGUGGGAGGAGAACAAGAAGCUGUGGGUGGUGGCGGGUCCCUCCAUCUUCACCCGCUUCUCCUCCUUCGGCGUCACCGUCAUCAGCCAGGCCUUCAUCGGCCACAUCGGCGCCACCGAGCUCGCCGCGUACGCGCUCGUCUCCACCGUCCUCAUGCGAUUCAGCAACGGCAUCCUCCUGGGCAUGGCGAGCGCGCUGGAGACGCUGUGCGGCCAGUCCUAUGGCGCCGAGCAGUAUCACAUGCUGGGCAUCUACCUGCAGCGCUCCUGGAUCAUCCUCUUCGCCUGCGCCAUCGCCCUGCUCCCUGUCUACCUCUUCACCGAGCCGCUGCUCAUCGCCCUGGGCCAGGACCCCAAGAUCUCAGCGGUGGCUGGCGUCAUCUCUCUCUGGUACAUCCCCGUCAUGCUCUCCUACGUCUGGUCCUUCACCCUCCAGAUGUACCUCCAGGCGCAGAGCAAGAACAUGAUCAUCACCUACCUCGCCAUGCUCAACCUUGGCCUCCACCUCGCCUUGUCGUGGCUCAUGACUGUCAAGUUCAAGCUCGGCCUUGCUGGGGUCAUGGGCUCCAUGGUCAUUGCCAUGUGGAUACCCGUGUUUGGGCAGCUUGCCUUUGUCUUCUGCGGUGGUUGCCCUCUCACGUGGACCGGGUUCUCGUCUGCUGCUCUCACUGACCUCGGUUCCAUCAUCAAGCUCUCGCUGUCUUCUGGUGUCAUGCUCUGUUUGGAAUUGUGGUACAACACCAUAUUGGUGCUCCUCACAGGGUAUAUGAAGAAUGCAGAAAUUGCACUUGAUGCCCUUUCAAUAUGCCUCAACAUCAACGGUUGGGAGAUGAUGAUUUCUCUUGGCUUCCUGGCUGCAAUAGGGGUGCGGGUGGCAAAUGAGCUUGGAGCUGGGAGUGCAAGAAGGGCCAAGUUUGCGAUCUACAAUGUCGUCAUCACUUCUUCCUUGAUUGGAUUUGUGCUAUUUGUGCUCUUCCUUUUCUUCCGUGGAAGCCUUGCCUACAUAUUCACUGAGAGUCGAGCAGUGGCCGAUGCAGUGGCUGACCUCUCGCCUCUGCUAGCCUUCUCCAUAUUGUUAAACAGUGUCCAACCAGUGCUAUCAGGUGUCGCUGUUGGUGCUGGCUGGCAAAGUGUAGUUGCCUAUGUUAACAUUACAUCGUACUACUUGAUUGGCAUUCCUCUUGGAGCAGUCCUAGGCUAUGUGGUGGGAUAUCAUGUAAAGGGCAUUUGGAUUGGCAUGUUGCUGGGAACACUAGUCCAAAGUAUUGUGCUUCUGUUCAUAACAUUAAAGACCGACUGGGAAAAACAGGUGGCGCUUGCUCAAGAGAGAUUGAAGAAAUGGUACAUGGACGAAAACAGAAGACUGGUGGGCUCAAGGGGCAAUGCUUGAACCAGCUCUCAAAAAAAUUUGGUCAGCAUCGGUGACCCUUCAGCAGAUGCACACGUAUUUCCUGACCUCUCAAGAACAAAAUGUGAGAAGUUUAGCCUAUCCUGAUGAUUAUGUGUUACUCCUCAAGCCAAGCAAGGAAAUCAAUUAUCAGCAGCAGUCAACGUCCAGUAGAGAUUAGAGAAGCGCUGUAUCAUUUGCCAACAGGACGGCGCAUAUGGGUGAGCCUGUGUUGGCUAACCAUGAGUUUGGCAAGACUGUUGCUCUGCAUCAAUUUUGGGGUAUGCUAAUGUCCCCAUCAGAGCAGUGGUUGUGGUUUGGGGGCAUUUGUGCCGAUUGUGUGAGUACAUUUGCACAUAAUUAAUUAGUUGAAGAUGUGGACCCAUUGAGCUCUU